UACACUGCGAUUUUUUCAUCCUUCAUCCUUUGAGAAUAUUAGUGAGGAUAAGUGUUAUUUUAAAUGGAAUUUCCCCUAGGUAUCAUACAGAAUCUACACACACAUUCAUCAUAUAUGUAUUACUAUACCUGCUUUCGAGAUACAGAAAGCUAAAGAAAAUGGAAAAACAUCGGCAACAUCAAAGAUACAAGUACUGUACUUCUAUGUAAUCUCGAAGAAACUGGGAAAGUGUCUCUACCAACGAUUUUUAAAACUAGGAAACCAAUUCCUUUGACAGCAUGGGAAACAGCAAAACCUGUCCAUCUCAACAACGAAAAGUUCACUGUUUGGCUGCCAGCCAGAGAGAUUUCGCAAAGGAUUUAUAUCUCAAACUGGCUGAGGAAUCCCACGGCAAUAUUUUCUUCUCUCCAUUCGGCAUCACGGCAGGGCUCGGGAUGGUAUGUGCUGGAGCCAAAGGAAGGACUAAAGAUGAAAUAAAAUCCGUUUUACAUUUGUCCCAGAAGAGUGAAACCGUUCACAAAGCCUUCAGAGAUGUGACUGUCGAUUUUAAGAACAACGAUGAACAUUAUGAAUUACAAACGUCCAACUUAGUUUGUAUUCCUGACACAUUGUCUGUGUUACCAGAUUACUCCGCUGUUCUAUCCGAUAUGUAUCAGAGCUCUGUCAAAGGCGUGAACUUUGCUGAUUCCAAUGCAGCUGUGCAAGAAAUCAACCGGGAUGUCAAAUCUGCAACGAAUUCUCGCAUUGCGGAUUUGAUUCCGGAAGGAGUUUUAAAUGACGACACAAGAAUGGUGUUAGUAAAUGCUCUCUACUUCAAGGGCUUAUGGAGCAAAGAAUUCAAGAAAUCAAAUACAAUAAAGGCCACGUUUUGGAUUUCGCCCAAACAGAGUGUAAAAGUUCCUAUGAUGAGAAGUUCUGGUUACUUCAAUCAUGGAUCUUGUGGUGACAUCGGAGCUUCUGUCCUGAGUAUGAAUUACAAGGGAGGGAAUUUAAGCAUGGUCAUUGUGCUUCCAUCCGAGCGCGACGGACUGGCCAAAGUGGAGGCGAAGUUGGCCAAGACAGGCUUCGUCAGCAGCCUCGAAAAGACAAUGAAGAAGAAACUGGUAGAUGUUGUCUUUCCCAGGUUUGAGAUCGAGGAGACGGUUCAUCUCAAAGAUCAUCUGUGGAUAAUGGGGGCGAGGAAUCUGUUCGACGGAAAGGCCAGCGACCUGUCGGGCAUCACGGGCGACAGACGGCUCAGCGUCUCCUUCUUCUUCCACAAAGCGGUCUUGAAGGUGGACGAGGAAGGCGGAGGCGGGGAAGCAUCGACGUGCGUAGAAUCGUCUUUAUUACGCGUCCACCAAACACUGUGUUUCAGAGUAGAUCAUCCAUUCAUAUUCUACAUUCGAGAUGAUACUUCAGGCUUCAUGCUGUUUGCUGGCAGAGUCACCAACCCUUUGAGUUAAUGGAAUGUAUGUGUAUCUCCAUGCACUCCCACACACACACACACACACACACACACACACACACACACACACACACACACACACACACACACACACACACACACACACACACACACACACACACACACACACACACACACACACACACACACACACACACACACGUCCAGUCGCGUACAAAAAUAAUCACCUAUCGGCUGAUGGCCUCCGACUCACAAUGCUCCGUUUCUGUGCGUCAUAUCACGGGUAGGAGUAAGGAAGGGGGGAGGGGCGAAGUGUCGGUUGUAUAAUGCGUCUUUUUAAUGCCAAGCAGAUCAUGCGCCAAAGAAGAGUGAAUAAUCAGCUGCGCUAAUAUUUAACAAUGCAUUACACCUUUGGUCUUGGGAACAAUCUUUAGGUAGGUGGCAAUACCAUGGGCUUGGGUCGUGAGGGAAAUUUACUGUCGUUGAACUACAUGUUUUGUGUGAUGACAUGUGAACAGAAUAAUGUGCACAAGUCAGUAAGUUUUUGCAAGAAUUUUUCCGAAUUCCACGGGUCAGUAACAAAUGCUUCUUCUCGGUAUUCACUCCACAAUGGCCCCUCAGUUGUGCCUGCAAAGAGACCGACAGGCAUAAUCGUCCAUCAGGACAUACCCAAGAAGUUCAAAACAGAUUUUUAUGUACACAGGUGGAUAUGAAAACAUCCUUCAUAAGCCCCAAUAAAAAAGGGAAGUAUACUAUAUUCAACUGCAACACCAGAUAUAAUUAUGUUGAUUUGUGCAACAUUAAUAAUAAACAAAGAAAAAAAAUAAUUUACUGGACUUCAUGGCAGUUUAUGGAGUUUCCGCAUCCAGCCUCCUCGGUACCAGUGGAGCCAUGUUGGCUAUGGUUUACCAUGUGAAAUUAACAUGGGAGGAGGUGAUUCUCUAUCAGUCUGGUUGUUUACCGUAGUCUGCCUGUUUUUUCCCUGCUCUCAGUUAUAUUAAGUCUGUUCAUGUAAUCCUAAGAAUUUAGUGUAAUAGAGCAUUUUUUAAAACAAAUAUUACUACAGUGAAAGAUCAACACGUCGCACAAGGCAGCCCCCGCAACGCCCUCCCUCCCUCCCUUACUCCUCCCCACGUCAUGAUUCGCCCCGCAGAAACGGCCUUUGUGGGACAGAGGCUACCAGCAUGUAGACUAUUAUUUUUGUCCGCAAUUGUACAUAGAACGCAGACCCUUCUAUACAUAAACGUGAUAUAUAUUCAUAGUGAUAGUAUUAAGUAUUAAUGAGUCAGUCUGCAGCCGUACAAAUGAACUGAUAAUUUUAAAGGAAAUAUGUCAGGAACGUUAAAGAAAUAGAUAUAUCUAGAGUAGCAAGGAUGCCAUUCACUUUUAAUCUUCUAAUUACCUAUUAUAUAAUUCCUUCUA